AUGGACACCCGUAGCACGAGUAUGGGUUUAUUUACCCAUUUCCUGUUGGCGGUAGCGCUAGGCAUAGGAGCCUUUGUAGCCUACGUGACAUUCUUGACACCACCCGCCAAAAAGAUUGAAGUCGAGGAAAAUGGUUGGUUUGGGACGGGAUCACCCCGAGCCGAUGAUCCUGUGGUGCAUCCGUUCAGCGUUAGUGUUCCCGACGAAGUCCUUGAGGAUCUCAGGCGAAGGCUCAUGAAUGCUCGAGUCUCCCAUCGACACCUCGAUGAUGCUAAUGAUUUUUGGUACGGCUUCAAUAGCGACGAACUGGAAGUGUUCAGAAAAUACUGGCUGAACAGCUACGACUGGAAAAAGCACGAGAACAUUAUCAAUCAGUUCAAGCAGUUUCAGACUGAAAUAGAAGGAUUAAAGAUUCAUUUCAUAAGGGAACCAGCCGCAUCGGGGUAUAAGAAGGUUGUCCCGUUGUUGAUUGUUCAUGGCUGGCCUGGAAACGUAUUCGAAUUCUAUAAAAUAAUUCCGAUGCUUACGGAUCCCAAGAAACAUGGGAUCACCUCGGAGAUCGCUUUUGAAGUAAUUGCUCCUUCGAUUCCUGGUUAUGGAUGGUCAGAUCAACCUAAGAAAUCCGGAUUCAGCCAAUUGGCUUGUGCACGAGUAUUCCGCAAAUUGAUGGAUAGACUUGGAUUCAAGAAGUAUUACCUUCAAGGAGGAGAUUGGGGCGCUCUUGUUACUAGUAAUAUUGCCAGGGUUUACCCAGACAGGGUUCUUGGACUUCAUCUAAACAUGAUGCCAAUCACACCAGGUGGCUCUAUGAAAGGAUUAUUCCUUGACAUUGCUGGAAGCUUCUUCCCAAAUGUUUUCUUUUCGUCACCAGAGAGCAAAAAUCACAACAUGUUUGGGAAGAUCUUCCUAAUGCUGGUUGAGAGUGGUUAUAUGCAUAUCCAGGCUACAAAACCUGAUACUGUAGGAGUUGCACUCAAUGACUCACCUCUGGGCCUAGCUGCCUACAUAUUGGAGAAGUUUUCAACAUGGACAAAUAACAAGUACAGGGAACUUCAAGAUGGUGGUUUGACAAAGAAAUUCACUCGAGAUGAGCUUCUGACUAUUGUUAUGAUUUACUGGGUGAACGGUAACAUUGUGUCGUCUCAACGAUUUUAUCGCGAAGCUUUUCUUGACAAGCAGAAUGACGCUGUACAGAAACAGUACACCUCAGUCCCUACCGCACAUGCAUCCGGUAUGAAUGAAUUAUUCGAUCAAUCACCGCCUGAGAUCUCUUCCACCAUGUACAACCUGACGCAUUACACUGCCAUAAAGGACAUGGGCCAUUUUGCUGCAUUUGAAAUGCCCAAACCACUUGCCGCUGACAUUUUUGACUUUGUGAAGUUGCUGGAACAACCAUCAUUGAAAAACAAAGUCAAAUCAGAUUCCCCUUGAAGAAUGUAAGUCCAGUAUGCAUGUUGAAAAAUAUGAAGGUUUUUUAAUUUUCCGCCAUAAAUACGGUUUCAACUGUUGUUUUGUAUUUUUACGAAUGUUUAGAAUAACUGGUGCAUUUGCCAUUACUUAAUUCUGCUUUUUUAUUAUGCAUGUAUUUAUCACUUGUUUCUUAUUGCUUAUAAAGACUGCCAUAUUCU